UUUUGUUAAUGUUAUUCGUUUUGUAGAUCAGAACGUAGGGAUCAUAGACAAACUGGUAGGGAUGUUUAGAUAGCUCAAGAAAUCCAAAAGUUCUCUUAAAAUUUCAGAAUGGUCGAAUUUUGAAUAAUGAUUGAAGUUUAAGUUUAAUUUUUAAGCAAAUUACGAUUUUGCUAUGUUCCUGAUUAAGUCGUCAGUGUGAACAUUCUUGUUUCCAGACGAACUGGAAAGUAAGAAAACAAUAUUUUACACCAAAUAUCGACGAUGGAAAACCCCUCAUCUGAAACAGAAGUUAUCACUCUUAAUACCAUCUUCAAGAAAAUUAUAAACUCUGAUGAUGGGGAAACUGAAAUAUCUCUUCAAGUUUUGAAUGGCAUCAUCGAAACUAAUUUACAUUUGGAUCUCGAUAAUUUGGAUAAUGUCCAGAGAAAUGCUUUAGUCUAUAUGCUUUUGAGGUAUAUAAAAAAUUGGCCAGGAUGGUCAAAAAAAGAUGAGUAUGAAAAGGGAUCUAUCGAUCUUGAUAAUUGGAUGUUGAGAUUUAAUAACUACAUAUGCUAUAAAAUGCAGUUAUUAGUGACCAGGACAUUACCAAAUAUAGAAAAAGAUUUGUCUGAUCAGGCGGAAUCUAGCUCGGUAAAAACAGCUGAUGUGAGUACCCAAACAGAAUCCAAAGUGAAUUUUUCCAACUUCAACAUAGAUUUGGCUGGCCCAGCGACUCUCUUGAACAAUUUGGUAUUUUCAGGACAUCAAGGCGACAUUAGAGUGGAAGAGCAUGCUGAAAGACCCUGGGUAACUUUGGAAUGUGCCGAUCUUUUGAAUUAUCCAUAUGUUCAAGUAGAAUUCAACAGCCCAGAAUUGUCAUUCAAAAGAUCAUUUGAACCCAAAAUAAGCCAGUAUCUCAGUUGUUCCUCAGAUAUAACCAGAGAAGAUUCCAAUUUCAUAUUGUCAAAAAGUUCCAUUCAUUCUAAUUGUUCCAAAUGGCCCAUUAAAAUCUCUAUCUUGGAAACUUAUAUCAGUGCUUUCAAAGCCGCUGUUUCUUCACACUUAUCACCUGAACAACAAGAAGAGGUGAAUAUCGUGCUAGAUCAAUUUUAUCUUGACAUGGUUGAUGUAAGCACUAAUAACGAAGUUUUUGAGAAUAGACUUAUAACGUUCAACAUAGGAAGAAACAUAUAUAAGAGGACAAAAAAAUUAUCCAACGGGUGUUCCUCACCAGAUGUUGUUUUCAAUGAAAUAUUCUUGCCUAAGGUAACUUCAUCAUUCAGGUAUUUCGCAGGAAUGCAACACAACUCUGUGGAGAAAAUAGUUGCAGAUCCAGAUAAAAUUGAUGUCAAGGUAAUGUUAGCUUUCACACCUGUGAUAACUUACAGAUGCACUUUUUGCAAAAUAACAUUCAGCGGUCCAGAAUCGCGUCUUGCCCUUGUGUCGCAUUUACAAAUGUUGCAUAGAAGGGCGCAGACAUUAGUGUGUUUGCGCUGCAAUAAAUGUGUAGAAGUUGCAGAAUUAUCCAGACGAAGAUGGAAAUGUGUAUGUUUCGAGGAAUAGCGAAGUAUUUGAAACAUGUGCAAUUUAUUUAUUUUAUACAUUUUUGAUACUUUAAUUUCAUUGUUAUAUUGAUAUAAUUGUACAAAUAUAAUUGUAAUAAAUAAUAGUUACAUA